AUGGACUUAACAAGAGUGAAUCUGGAACAUUCCAAGGGACCAUGCAUGCUCCAGGCAUCAAUGCAAAUGAAGAUUUUUACAACUGCUAUGUUUUCUAUGUUGAUGUUGAGGAAGACUCUGAGUCGUGUGCAGUGGGGAUCACUGGUUAUUCUAUUCAUUGGAGUUGCUGUUGUGCAGAUACAACCCAAGGAUACAGAUAAACAGCACACUGAGAAAUACUUGGAGCACAUACAACAAGAUACAGUAUAUGGUCUUUUCAUUGUUAUCCUUAUGUGUCUGUCAUCUGGUUUCUCUGCUGUUUAUUUUGAGAAAAUUCUCAAGGAAACCGCAGGAUCUGUUUGGUUGAGGAAUAUACAACUUGGGAUUUAUGGUAUCUUGUUUAGCACUGUUGCUAUGUUCUUAAAAGAUGGAGCUGCAAUCAGAGAGAAAGGGUUUUUCCAUGGCUACACUCCUCUUGUUUGGUUUGUUGUAGUUUGGCAGGCAUUUGGAGGUCUGCUUGUGGCAUUGGUGGUAAAAUAUGCGGAUAAUAUACUGAAAUUGUUUACGACAGCACUUGCCCUAGUGAUAUCUGUGGUAGCUUCUGUGUAUCUGUUCGGUUUUCACAUCAAUCUACAAUUUUGUUUUGGAGCUGGAUUGGUUAUAUUGGCUGGAUAUUUAUACACAAGGAAUAAGAGCCAACCACAACCCCAAAUAUAUGUUUAG